GGGGAAUGAUUGAUUGCAACACAGGAAGAACAACUGUCAAAUUUCUGAAAAGUUUGCUGAAUACAGUAAGCGCAGAAAUAUUUAGCAUGAAAUUUAAUCUCUCAUAUUAGAACUAAUAAGCAGAUAUUACUGAAUUCCAUCCAAUAGAGAGACACUUGGUUAACUGAGAGUUUAAUAUUGAGCUGGCUGGUUUGAACUAGUCGCUGUCAGCAGUUCAAAGUCUGCGCAUUUAUUCUGUUACACAACAGUCGAGCUGCUCCAGUGAUGGCAGAUCCCAGUCCUCCUAGAACUCUGAACUUUAACGUCGGUGUCCUCGGCCAUGUGGACAGCGGGAAAACGUCUCUCGCCCGUGCGCUGAGCAGCACCGCAUCCACCGCAGCCUUCGACAAGAACCCGCAGUCCAAAGAGCGAGGCAUCACGCUGGAUCUCGGCUUCAGUGCGUUUACGGUGCCGUUACCGGAGCACCUGAAAGAGUCCUGCGGGGAAAGACGAUACGACAGUCUGCAGUUCACACUGGUGGACUGCCCAGGACAUGCCUCUCUCAUACGCACUAUUAUUGGGGGGGCUCAGAUCAUUGAUCUGAUGAUGUUGGUGGUAGACGUUGUGAAAGGUAUGCAGACACAAACAGCAGAGUGCCUGUUGAUUGGUCAGCUCACCUGCUCCCGUAUGAUCGUCAUCCUCAACAAAACAGACCUGUUGCCUAGUGACAAGAGACAGACAGCUAUUGACAAAAUGACCAAGAGGAUGUACAAAACUCUCGAGAACACAAGAUUUAAAGGUUGCCCUAUUAUUGCUGUGGCAGCAAAGCCAGGUGGUCCUGAGGCCCCAGAAACAGACGAGCCACAAGGAAUAACUGAACUCAUAAAUUUAUUAAAGGCCCAAGCGUUCUUUCCUCGUAGAGAUCCUUCAGGUUCUCUUCUGAUGGCUGUAGAUCACUGCUUCUCCAUCCGUGGCCAGGGAACAGUCAUUACCGGCACCAUCCUACAAGGGUCACUCAGUGUCAAUGAUAAUGUAGAGAUACCAGCAUUAAAGGUGACUCGCAAGGUCAAAUCUGUGCAGAUGUUUCGUAAGCCGGUUCCUAGUGCUAUACAAGGGGAUCGGGUCGGCGUGUGUGUGACCCAGUUUGAUCCAAAACUGUUAGAACGGGGUGUAGUAUGCACACCAGGCUCAUUGCAGACUAUUUACGCUGCUGUUAUAUCCGUCCAAAAGAUUGAAUACUAUCGCGGAGCACUUACCAGCCGUGCAAAGUUUCACAUCACUGUUGGACACGAAACUGUUAUGGCACGUAUUUCAUUUUUCAAUCGAGUGCUUCUUGCCAAUGAAAAUGGAGACUGUUUUCCCACCUCUCCAGAGCAAAAUGCUAAAUCCUUCUCAUUUGAUUGGGAGUUUCACCACUUGGAUGAGUAUUUGACAUGUCAGGCAGAAGGUGGGAAUGGGGAACCACAGCAGUGGGCUUUACUUGAGUUUGAACGACCGGUCACAUGUCCACCACUUUGCUUAGUGAUUGGGUCACGACUGGACUCGGAUAUCCAUGGUAACGCAUGCAGACUUGCCUUUCAUGGAAAGCUUCUGGAAGGCUUUGAGGACAAAAACUACACAGAGACAGCACUGCCUCGGCUCAAAAUCAGCAAAGACAAGCAGAAAGAAGGAGCAGUGGAACGGGUGACAGAUGACUACACUGUGAUUGGUCGAAACCUGUUUAAGAAGGAGACAAACCUUCAGCUGUUUGUGGGUUUAAAAGUUACACUGUCGACAGGAGAAACAGGCUCCAUUGAAGGAGGUUUCGGCCAAAGUGGCAAAAUCAAAAUCAGAAUACCAGAGGGGCUGAAAGAAGAAACCAAGCAGCUUCUAUCCUCUUCCUCUAAAAAGAAGGGGAAGGGUGGGGCCAAAAAUGAAUCCUCAAAACCCGAGGAGACUAAGCCCGACACUCAGCCAGUCACCAUACAUUUGAACUUCAAACGCUAUAUAUAUGAUCCCCAAAAAAAGAUGGUACAGUCCUGACCAUCAGUCCAAUCAUUCCUAAUGAAUGCUGACAGGAAUGGAACAGAAAAAACACACACUAAGAAUAUACUACUAAAGUCUGCGAUAUGAAACAGAAAUUCAGUCUUGUAAUUGUUUUUUUUUUUUUUUUGUGUGCAGAGUUUCCAUUCUGUUACUUUGCAUUUGUAUUAUUCCUUCAAAUGUGGAAUAAUAAAAAUCAAUGAAAAAGAAAAGAUCAUUCCUUUAACUUAAUAAAUUCUGUUGUAUGACUGCUAGUGAAACAACUCUAUUAGCGAAACGGCUGCAGUUGCAUUGCGCUGUGUUUUGUGAUUUACAUUUUGUUUGCAAGAAUGUGAAAAGCAUUUGUUUCUCUGAGUUUGCCGUAUCGAGAGUGGUUGGGACGUAGCUUUAGGGCAAAACACAUUGUGAGUAUAGGCAAAUAUUUCUGUUUGCAAAUCAUGGGCAAAAUGUGUUUCCACACACCCCACCGUCAGUUAAAUAUAUAUAUGUUUAUAAAUAUCCUUUUUUUCCAUAUGUUUGUUCCAUUGUUUAUGUAUGUAUGCAUGUUUUUUUUUUUUUUUUUUUUUUUUGCAGCUGCAGAUUAGUAAGGACCAAAGUAGGUCUUAUCAGUGUUCAUUGAUUUGCUUCAAAGAUUUGAAUAUCUAUUCCAGUUACGUUGUGGCAACUUGGGGGAAUCUGUAGGCAAAUUCUUAAUAUGCGAGUUUACAAAUAGCACCUGUACUAAAAUAUUAAAUGCCAUCUGUGUUGUCAUACUUCCCUGUUUGUACCUGACACCACAUGUAAAAACAUCCCUUUCCUAUGAGUCAUGCACAAAACAACUCUCACAGUUAUGUUUGGGAGGAGUUUCGCUUUUAAGUAAAGAAUGUAAUAAUACAUUUAUUCGUCAACUUUCUCAAUCUCGAACCUCAAUUUCUCCAAAAGGGAAGUUUUUUUGGGGUUCUAAAAUAGCUAAUAUUAAUUGGAGAAAAACAUGGUUAUUACCAUAUAAGUACUGCAUACCGAAUAAAGUGAAAGAAGUGCACUUUAAAAUUCUGCAUAAUAUAUACCCUUGCAAUGCAUUUGUGUCUAAAUUCUGUGAUGUAGCUGAUAUAUGUACCUUCUGUAAAAAAGAGAGUGAAGACAGUUGCCAUUUAUUUUUCUCAUGCAAUGUUUCAUCACUUUUCUGGAAAGAUUUGAGUGUUUACUGUUUUUCUAAAGUUAAAAUGAAUUGUAAUUUACUCAUUAAGGAUGUUGUUUGUUUUUUUGAAAACCCAAACAAAUCUUUAGAAUCAUCUGUUAACUUUC